AUGGCUCCCCCGAUGAGUCCCCGUCCCCCAACCAACUCUCGCACACGCAGUCUCAGAAGUGCUUCUGUGGAAGCCUCACCCCGUUCUUCUCAACAGAUUUUCAAUGAGAUUGUUUACAAGAUUCCAAAGAUCAAAGAGUUUACCGAACUUAUCUACGAAGACAUCAAUUCGGAGGAUGGUUCAUUGCUCUGUCAGUCACUAAUCAUGCUGACUGAACUUCACGAUGUCCAUCAGCGGUGGGCUAUCAGCUCCAUUGUACCUUGGUACGCUCGUGGCCUGAUAAAUCUACAAGAGAAUGAGCUCCUGGGUUCUGGUGCUGGCACAACUUUUACUGGUUUUGCUGGAAGGUACCAAGGUUCUCACAAAGAACCAGACUUCUUUUUUAGAGCUGAUAGCCUUCCCUUCCCCUCGAUUGUCAUUGAAGCAGGUUGGUCGGAGUCCUUCCCGCAUCUGCGGAAUGAUAAGGACCUAUGGAUGCAUGGAUGCGCGUCUGUAGAGCUGGUCAUCUUAUUAAGAUGGACAAAGAUCUCGGGUAAUCGUAUCAAGGGAACUUUAGAAGUCUGGAGACGCAAUGGGGCCGGAGGCCUCAGUGUUACAGAAAUGGUUAGUAUCCUUCAAUCUCAGGUCUACGACCGAAAGCUAAUAUUAAAGGGUUUAGCCAAUAUUUCCUCGUCCGGUUCCUCUGCCCGCAAGUGA